AUGUCGUCCAUAGCGCUGCGUCGCCCUCGGCCAGCUCCCCGUCGCGCCUCUACUCGACACGAGAGCGUCUCGCCGUCCACCGUCACGCCGCUUCGAACAUUCGCCAUCCAUCGCACUCAUGCCACGGCGGACUUUACAGAAGCAGACGACGACGAGGACGAAGACGAGGAUGAAGGACGAGAUCAGGGGGGCCAGGCAGACGAUGGAGAGGAGGACCGCCCGCCUCGCAGACGCAAUACUCUGCCCGUCCUCCCACUCUUCUCCUCAACGCAUCUUGACACGCUUCCGGUUUACAGCUUGACCCACGCAAUUCGAAUCAUCGUGAGUGCUCGCACUGAGACGACGCUCACUUGGGACCAACUGCGGUCUCCCCAAGUCUCUCAAUUCCUCAUCAAGCCGAUGCAGCAGCAGAUCCGAAACCAACACUUCUCACGGGCCACCCUCUACGCCCUCAUGGCAAACUGCCUCCAGUUCACCAAGGAGGGCCAGAUGUAUGCCGCCAAUGCUGGCACCAGCAACACAAGGGCCAAGGUCUGUGAGCUGCUGGCCUUGAAGCUGCUCAAGGAAUACUCCACUCGCGAGUUGAUCGAUGCGUUGGCCUACGACUUCUACCCGCUCCAAGGCUUGCCAGGUUCACAGGCACCUCCCAGGACGGCCGGCAGCACCAGCAGCAGAACCAAAAGCACUCUCCUCGUAGCGUCGCGGACGUCGACCCUAGAGGUUGCAAUCAGAGCCUCGGCCAAGCACUUUCUCGCCCACCCGGUUGUGGUCCAGCAGCUGGAGGCCAUCUGGAAUGGCGCCAUUUCCUUCUAUUCUUCUGCCGAUAGCCUGCACCGGGAGUCGCCAUCGAGCCCCUUCUCGCGCUUCAAUAGCCAGCCCAAAGUUGAUGAUAGGACGCCUCUCCUGGGCUCUCUGCCCCCCAAGCAGGGGCACUUUGCCGUUCCCCCGGGCAGAAGAACCGUGAUGCUGUACGACCCUAGGCAGGCAUCUCUACUGAAGCUGUCUCGCCUCAGAGUCCCGCGAUAUAGAUCCUUCUUGUCUACGCUGUCCCUUGCCGUCCUCAUCGGGCUCUUUCUGGCCGUGCUAUCUAGACGAUCCGCACAAAUCACCGGCCUAGAACUGGUCUUUUGGUUCUGGAGCGCCGGCUUCAUGCUGGAUGAGUUGGUCGGCUUCAAUGAACAAGGGUUUGCCCUGUACAUCAUGAGCUUCUGGAACAUUUUUGACCUGGGUAUCCUGGUGCUGCUCAUUGCCUAUUACUGUAUGCGUGUCUAUGGUGUCUUCCUCGCCGACCCUUACCACUGGAAUGCCAUGGCCUACGAUGUGCUGGCCGCAAAUGCCAUCCUGCUGCUGCCUCGCAUCUUCAGCAUCCUGGACCACUACCAGUACUUCUCUCAACUGCUCAUCGCAUUUCGACUCAUGGCGGCGGACUUGGCAGCUGUCUGCGUCUUGAUUCUCAUCGUUUGUAGCGGCUUUUACGUUUUCUUCACUUCCUCUACCGCCUCUAGCGAUGGUGGCGAGGUUGCCUAUAAGAUUUUCCAGAUCCUCAUGGGCUUCACGCCUGCCGCUUGGGAUGUAUGGCCAUCGUACAACUGGCUUGCGCGAGCGUUGCUGUGCUUGUUCCUCAUCAUCUGCCACUUCUUGAUUGUGACAAUUCUCAUUACCGUCCUGACCAACUCCUUCAUGGCAAUUGCUUCCAAUGCCACCGAAGAGCACCAAUUCCUAUUCGCCAUCAACACCAUCUCUAUGGUGAAGAACGAUGCUCUCUUCUCUUAUAUCGCACCCACCAACAUCUUUGCAUGGCUACUCAUGCCUCUACGUUACUGCAUGCCGCUUCGCCACUUCGUCUUGCUCAAUCGCGUCAUCAUCAAGGUGACUCACUGCCCCAUCUUGUUCUGCAUAUACUUGUACGAACGCUUCUGGCUCGCGCCGUCCAUGUUUGAGCCCACGGAUCUGGUUGAGAACCCGGGAAGGAACCGGGCCAUUUCCUUUGGGGAUAUGGGCAACAGGAAUAUCUUCAGCCCCAGCAUGCGCGUACGCGAAGAGUCGGUGGCCGGGUACCAGAAAGACAGGGCUCUUGACGAGCUCUUCAUGCGCAUGCCCGAGGCCACAAAGACGCAAAGGAGGCAUGAGAGACGCAAGACGCAAACGGCGAUCCGAAAUUGGAUGGACCGCAAUGACCAGGAGGGUGUCGGCAGCAACUGGCCACCAUCGGACAGCAGAGCUGUGCCUGACUGGCAGAGAAGGAUGAGCAUGGGCUGGGACCUGCGCUCCAACUCUAGGCAUAUGUCGGAUCUCAGGUCCAUCGUCAGUGACCCGGCAGACCUGGCGUCUAAUGUCGGGGGGGCUUCUUCAUAUAGGGCGUUCCCUAUGGUGGACCCUCGCUUCAUGGACCCUCGUUUUGCUCACCUGAUGCCCGAGUAUAAAGACCACACCGACGCUGACGGAGAUGACGAGCUGGUGACAAACGAUGAAGACGAAGACGACCUCGGUACCAGCGCCGGUCCUCAUGGCACGGCAGGGGGCAACACCGCCCCGAGCGAGACUGAUGACUACUUCACAACAACUCCUACAGGCGCGCGGUCAGCCGUCAUAGCCUCCUCGCACAGCUCGUCCAACAAGGGAAACGCCUCCGGCAAGCUCCGGCGACGCGAACUGCACAACCGCACUUUGUCUACAAACACCAUACUCUACAAUCCCGGGGAAAUGGCCCCGCCUACCGAGAGUUCCCAAUCAGCUUCACCUCCCAAAGCGGCCGUUCCUGCAGGCCGAAGCGGGCAUGCUGCGGACAUGGCGGCGGGCGAGUCGAUUACGCCCACUGGCAUGCGCAGCCCGCCUAGGCGAGCUCUUUUCUCUCCGCCAGGCCUCAGUACUCGCUCCACCAUGCCUGCUCAUGGGCUGACAGGCAUCAGCAACUUGAGCAGGUCGGCCAUGUUAGGGCACAGUCUUGGGAAUCGAGACCGCGCUCCUCGAAGGCUCUCGUCGGCCGACCUCAGCAUUCUGUCUGACAACACGAACCUACCCUUUGCUGGAGACAUUAACACUGGUCUACCGGGUAGUUUCCAGACGCAGAUGGCUAUGGCUAUGAUGAAGGACAACCGACUACGGAGCUCAGGCGGAUCUGACGCGGCGGAUCGUGAUAGGAUGGGACGGCUGGUUCUCGCUCGCAUGAAGACUCUGGAAGAAAGCUUUGCAGAUGUUGUCAAGGAAAUGCGAGACUUGAAGAGCAGUUCCACUGCCCCGACGACAAGGCGAAACUCGUCUGGUGAGGAUCUAAGAAUGGCAUCUCCCCCUGAGAUGGGCAGGUCAGAUAGAUCAAAGAGCCGCAAGGGCACAGCAACGCCGAAGAAGGCGACGGGCAAACGACCCGCCAGCAGAUGGAGCAUGAAGGAAAGCAAGCUGAGCCCGACGACGGCGGCGGAUAUCAAGGGCAAAGGUAAAUACACUGCUUCCUCGACGGAGGAAGAAGGUGAAGGGGCAGACGAUUCCCUUUUGGAGAAGAGAAGCUCCUUGUGAAGAUUCCGUCGAGA